AUGUCUUCACAACAACAGAAUGAAUCGAAUGAAUUUAUUAGUAAUUUCAGUAUACAAUCUAUGUUAAAUUUAACAGAUGAACUAAAACAUUCCACAGUGAAAUAUUCUACAAAUCAUUCGGACGAUAAUAAAACCAAUGAGAGUAUACAAAGCAAUCUAUUAUCUUUGGAUCCGUUCAGUUCUACUGCCACAAAUUCAUCGUUCAAUAACAUUGAACAUCAGCUAAAAGAAAGACAACAUAGUAAUAGUUUACAAAACUUUGAAAUGAAUAAUAUUUUUCAUAAUUUAAUGCGUAAUCACUAUCAAUCAGAUUGUAAUCAAACACAUAAUCUUCACAAGUAUUCAGAAUCGAAUCAUAUAUGGGAACAUUAUUCGAAUUCAAAUCAUGUUGACCAUUCUACUGUCACCUUAUUGUCUGAAUUAUCGACUGUGUCAACAACAACAACACUACCACAUGAUGAAAAUAUCACUCAUUCAUCAAUGAUGACUAAUCUUACAUUACCUGAAGAUACAAUGAAUUAUCAGUCAACUAGUGAUUCUCAAUCGAUCAGCCCAUCAACUCCAAAAUCAUUGCAUCAUUCACUGUGUGAUUCGAUAUUACCAUCUAAUCCAUUGAGUAGUUCACCGAUACAAAGGAAACGUAAAGUGACUGAUCAUAUUGAUAGAAAUGAGAAUAACACUGAUAAUCUGUAUGAUCAUGCAACUAACUGUCAACGUAAUGUCGGUAAUAAUCAUGGAAAUAAACGACAGUAUUUAGAAGUAAAUAAAGAGAAAGGCGGUAACGACAAGAAUGCCGACCAUGACGAUGAUGUUGAUGCUGAUGAAGGUGAUGAUGAUGACGAAGGUGGAGAUUAUGAUGACGACGAACCAAACGAAGAUGAUGAAGAAAGUAAAGAGAAUGAAAAAGAUGAAGAUGACGUUAACGGUGUUGUUACUGAUCAAACAUCAAAAUCGAAUAAAACAAAAGAGAAUCCAGACUCAGAUAAACCACCAUUCAGUUAUAAUGCUUUAAUUAUGAUGGCAAUUAGAAAUAGUUCAGAAAAACGUUUAACAUUAAAUGGUAUAUAUGAUUUUAUUACAACUAAUUUUCCAUAUUAUAAAAACAAUAAACAAGGUUGGCAAAAUUCUAUCAGGCAUAAUUUAUCAUUGAAUAAAUGUUUUGUUAAAGUACCACGUGCAUAUGAUGAUCCAGGUAAAGGUAAUUAUUGGAUGCUUGAUCCAUCAUGUGAAGAUGUAUAUAUUGGCGGAACAACUGGAAAGUUAAGACGUCGAACUAAUUCAUUACAACGUAGUCGAUUGUUUAAUUUACGUUUAGCUAGUUAUUAUGCAUCAUUAGCUAGAAACUAUUCAAUCCCAUCUAAUAUUGAACAAUUUUCAUCAAAUCCACUUUCUAUGUUUCAUCAUCAUCAUCAGAAUCAGAAUCAUCCUACAAUAAUGAAUAAAUCCCAUUUCAUAUCAAAUAACAACAAUAAUUGUUUUAAUUCAUUACAUUCAUCAAUUGAUAAUGCACCGCCAUUCUUAGAUUUGUUUAAUCGUAUUCCAGUUGAACAAACUUCAUUUUUAGCAUCAACUUUUCCUUCUAAUCCUUUCAAUCAUCCUGGCUAUGACAAUUCACAUUAUAAUAGAUCAUAUGUACCAAGUAAUUAUGAAACAAUAUUAGACAGUUUAAAUAUUCAUCGAUCCAACGCACAUAAAUAUCAUCCUGUUUUGGAACAUUUGUCCCAUUCUCCAUCUAUACCAUCAGCAUCAGCAUCCUCAUCAUCAUCAUCGCCACCAGUGACAACGUUUAAUCUGUCAACGUCAUCAGUAUAUUCUCCUGCUCAUGGACAAUAUCCACUUCCAUUGAUAAAUUCUUAUCCUAAUCCACCACUAUUACACAACACAGCAGACACUAAACUCACUGAUGAACAAUGGCUUUCAAAUAAUCUCAAAUUAGAUUGUUCUAAUUCUAAUCCAUGGACUACACCAAAAUCACAAAUUAAUCGUUUAUCUACAAAUAAACACUUUACAUCACCAACAAAUGGAAACAAUAUUUCUUCACCAAGUAAUAAUAUGAUGAAAAAAUUAAUGUUAAUGACGAAUGAUUCAGAACAGAAACAAUUGAAUAAAAAUCCUGAAAGAAAAUUUCAAGAAUCUAUGGAUUUUUUAUUAGGUGUCUAUGGAUCACUUUUAAACUCACACACUGAUAUCAUGAAGAAUACACAGAAUUAUGUUCAGUAUCAGAAUAACAGAGAUACUGAUUUACGCUAUAAUUAUCCUGUAAAUGGUGGAAAAAUAUAA